ACUGACCGGGUGGAAAGUGAACGAGCGGUUUCAUACUUCAAUCCAACAUUCCAGCUAUUUUUCACGAAAUUCAUGUAUUUUGAUAUUUAAUUACUGACAAUUGUUUCAAAAUAUACUCAGAAAGUUUUGAUAUCUUGACGGGACUUCAACAGGGCUGGGUUUUAACAUGGCGUAAAGGUGAAAAAACGUUGACUAUCCCACAAAAUAAUUAACUUGGGGUCAAAUCUGAAGCCUUGUCCGUUAUUUAAUUAUGCCUUUUCUCCGUCGAAGUCGUGCCCCCUCUCAAGCCCUCCACCCCCAACUCAGCCAAAAAUUUCCCACCCAGAAAAACGGUCGUGUCACCUUAUCCACAAUAUCGAAAUCGUCUUCCCGUCCCGGACGUGCUGUUAAGAAUAAGAAGACAAAACAUAUCGACUCUGAAGAUGAUGAUUCGGAGAAUGAGGACGAACCAAAGACCAAGAAACUUAAUAACAAUGACGAUCGAACCCCACUCGCAGAACUGACCCCACACGAACAAUUAAUUCGGGAAGUGCUAGUACUGAAGAGACCCUUCAAAGUACCGAUACCUGGAUAUGUCGCAGGUUAUUCGGGGAGAACGCUCGGCUACCGGAAAGACGUAGGGAAACGUGCCCUUCAUGACGAAACUGCUCCGGGGGCGUUGAUCUUGUACGUACCUGAGCCAGUACCGAUCGGGGUCAAGAUUGAACCGGAUAAGGUCGAAGUCCACGUCGUCGUCGAUCCCGUUCUCUCAGCCAUCCUCCGUCCCCAUCAGCGCGAAGGGGUCAAAUUUUUAUGGGAGUGCGUCUCUGGGAUCCGUAUUCCUGGCAGUUAUGGUGCUAUCAUGGCUGAUGAGAUGGGCUUGGGAAAAACUCUCCAAGUUGUCUCCCUUAUUUGGACGCUAUUGAAACAGUCGCCGAGUGGAAAGCCUGGUGUUGCAAAUGCAGUCAUUGUCGCGCCCUCAUCGUUGGUGAAGAAUUGGGCGAACGAAUUUGUAAAAUGGCUGGGCAACCGUGUCCCCACUCUUCCGAUGGAUGGCGGCUCCAAGGAUGAAAUUGACAAGAAAUUGGAAGCCUUCGUCAUGGCUCCUGUAUACUCUGGCGGUCGUCGAGUGACCACCCCUGUGUUGAUUAUUUCCUAUGAAACCUUCCGACUCCACGCCCACGUCUUGACGAAAGGAGAGCUCGGAAUUGUCAUCUGUGAUGAGGGACAUCGACUUAAAAACAGGGAAAAUCAGACCUACGCCGCACUAGUUCAAUUAAAGUGUAAGAAACGCGUCAUCCUUUCCGGCACUCCCAUCCAAAACGACCUCCUCGAAUACUUUUCUCUCGUCCACUUCGUCUCAGAAGGGAUUCUCGGGACGGCACAAGAAUUCAGGAAAAAUUUUGAACUACCAAUCCUCAAGUCCCGUGAUUCGUUUGCCUCCGAUAAAGAAAAUGCUGCUGGACAGGAAAAAUUGAGAGAAUUAUCAGCUGCCGUAGAAAAAUGUAUGAUCCGCCGUACCUCUGCCUUAUUAACGAAAUAUUUGCCUCAAAAGAUAGAGCUUGUCGUCUGCUGUAACUUGACCCCGGAUCAGGCCACACUUUACAAAAAACACGCCCUGAAAUUCACAUCCUCGUCGGCAGGCGGAAAUAAAGCUACAUCUACUCUCGCAGCGAUCACCAGUCUGAAAAAGUUAUGCAACCAUCCCGAUCUCAUAGCAGAUCCUCUCCCCUCGAAAUUAAAUGUCGAGGCUUCCGGAAAAUUCAAAGUUCUUGACAUGCUACUCGCCGUGAUUAAAUCGACAACCGAUGAUAAAAUUGUCCUUGUAUCAAAUUAUACGCAAACAAUGGACUUUUUCGAAAAGUUGUGUCAACUUAGAAAAUAUGGAUUUACCCGGCUAGACGGAUCGAUGGCUAUCAAGAAGAGGAUGAAAGUGGUGGAUCGAUUUAAUGACCCCACGAAUAAAUCAGAGUUCAUUUUUAUGCUAAGUAGUAAGGCUGGUGGGUGUGGGCUUAAUUUAAUUGGGGCGAAUCGUCUCAUAAUGUUCGAUCCAGAUUGGAAUCCGGCGAAUGAUGCGCAAGCCAUGGCCAGAGUUUGGCGAGAUGGACAGAAGAAACAAUGCUUCGUCUACCGUUUCUUGGCCACUGGGACAUUAGAAGAGCGUAUUCUACAGCGCCAAUCACACAAAAAGUCACUCUCUUCCUCAAUCGUGGAUCAGGAUGAGGACCAAAUGGCUAAGAAAUUUGAUCUCGCUAUGCUCAAAAAGUUGUUCAAACUGGAGGAAGAAACUGAAUCGGAUACGCACGAUAAUCUUCAUUGCACCCGAUGCGUGAACGGUAUCCAAAUAAAAAAACCUCCAGAAGGCUCCGAUUGUAAUUCGGACUUGAGUGAAUGGAAUCACACGAGAGACCGGAAGGGGAUACCAGACGUCGCUUUGAAACAGGUCCACGGUGCGGGAGGAAUCUCGUUCGUCUUUCAUCACAUAUCUCAUGAACCUAUCGUUAUACCUUAAGGAAGAAAGUUUACGCUUAUUUAAGAUGAUUAACUGCCAAUAAUAAUUUUGGUUAAUUAAUAC